AUGGAAUCAAAUGAUACAACAUUAAAGAGAUUUCUUUUACAAUUACCAACAUAUUCUCAAUUUGAGUUUAAUAAGCUGACUAGAAAAGAAAUUAGAAAACAAUUAUUCUGCUCAAUUUCAAAUAAUGGUAAAUAUUUAAAUUGGUUAUUUCCAAAUGCGUUCACUGGAGAUCCGAAUAUUGAUUUUAUGAUUGAUAAAAUUGAUAAAGAUUUUGAUUGGAAAUUUACAAAUUAUUAUAAAACUUUAUUAUUGAAAAGAGACCCAAAACAUGAUACUCAUUCUCAUCAUGCAUUCCAUCCAAAUAUGGCAUGUUCAAGAAUUUUUAGAAAAGGUGAACCUAUUUAUCGUUGUUUAACUUGUGCUUUUGAUGAUACUUGUGCUUUAUGCUCUCAUUGUUAUCAACCUGAAUAUCAUAAAGGUCAUAAUUUACAUAUUGCGAUUUGUCAAAAAGAAAAUGGUGGUGUUUGUGAUUGUGGUGAUCCCGAAGCAUGGGUUAAUACUUUUUAUUGUCCAUAUUCAUUAAUUGAUGACACCGCAAUAGAUGAUAAAAAACUACCGGAAGAUUUGAAAGUGUCAAUUUUAUCUACUAUUGGUAUAAUUUUAGAUUUUUUAAUUGAUGUUAUAAUUCAAUGUGAUUUACAAUUUGAAGAUCCUCAAGAUUUAACAACUACUAAAAUUGAAUUAAAUACAAUUAAUAGUACUUUUGAUUCAAUAAAAUAUCAAUGUAAUAAUUUUGUUGAUUCAAAUAAUGGUAAAUAUUUUUUAUUAAUUUAUAAUGAUCAAAUUAGACAUUAUAGAGAUGCAGUGCAAAGAAUUCAUUUAUCAAGUAGAAAAGUAAUUGAAUUUGCAACUAUGAUAACUGAUAAAGUACAAAAAUUUGGCAAGGCAAAAGUAAUAAGCUCAAAAAAUAUAAAUUAUUUAUUAGAAAGACAGAAAGUGUUGAGUGCCACUGGUUUAUCAUCAUGUAUUAGAAGUCAUAGAGAUGUGUUUAGAGAAGAUAUGUGUGAAGAAAUUAUCACCUGGCUUGGUAAUUUAACUGAUUCUGAAAUUUUCAAAACUAAUACAGAAGCUGAAAAUUUAUUCACUAGAGCAUUUUGUGAAAGAUGGCAAAAUGGGUUAUUAGUUGCAACUAGUUCAAAUGAUGAUAAUUAUCAAUAUAAAUGUGGGACCCUAGAUUCAAAUUUAAAAAUACCAAAAAUACCGUCUAGGGAAAAAAGUCAAUUACCUUAUUGGAGCUAUAAUGUUAGUUUAUGGGAUUUAGAUGAAGAAACAUGUAAAGAAUGUGAUUAUAAUUUGAAUUUAGAUGAUUAUGAACUAAAUAAAAGUCAUCAUGGUUCAAGAUUACAAUAUUUGAUAUACCUAGAUAUUAGAAUUUGGAAAGCGUCAAGAAAUGUAUUACAUGAUAUUUAUUCAACUUCAUUAACUACAAACUUAAGAUAUAAAACAAUUAUAAACUCUCAAUAUGUUGACGUUUAUCCACAAAUUACAGAUAUGUUUUUAAAUAUGGAUAGAGAACCAGAAUCAAAUAUAAUGUCAAAUUUAUCGACUCAAUUAUUUACAUGUCCUGCAAAUGCAACAGCAAUAGUAAAACAUGGAGAUAUAACAAGAAUAUUUUCAGCAAUUUAUGGUUUUUUAACUAUUGAUGAAAUUGAAACACCUGAAAAUUUGAAAUUAACACAUCAAAUAUCAACAAAGAAUUUGAAAAAUAGAAGAUGGGGUCAAAUAUUCUUUGAUAUAAGUUAUAUUAUAAGUAGAGGCAAAGAUUUAAAAGAAAUUUAUAGUAGAGGUUUAAUUCCAAUGGCUUGUGAUAUUUUAGCUUUAUUUCAAGGAAGACCAGUUAUGAUUAGAGAAAAGACAAAUCAUGUUGAAUAUGAAAGUCCAGAUUAUACUGCUUUUUUCAACGCAAUUUCAGUUAUUUAUACUUAUGGAAAAUAUAUAGCAGAAGCAAUAGCAAAGCCAUCAUUUGGAGAUUCUUCAGAAAAAGCCUGUAUUUUACAUGAGGCAUUAAAAUGGGUUUUGAUGAUUUUAUUAAAUCUUGAAAAUAUGACGUAUCCCGGUUUAACUGAUGAUGAUAUUGAUAUAAAUACUAAUAGAUCAUAUAUUAAAGAACCAAUUACUGGUGAAACAUUUAUUGAUUGUAAAGUUUAUGAAGACAAGGUUAGUUUUUUGCAUCCAUUACAUUCAUUUCUAAGUUGGCUAAUUGAAUCAGCAGAUUGUGAUGAUUUAAAAUAUGUACUUGAUAAUUAUGAAAAACCUAUUGAGAGUAUAAUUUUUGAUUAUCCGAUAAAAACAAUUGUAUUAAUGUCACAAAUCAAAGCUGGGUUUUGGGUUAGAAAUGGAUUUAGUGUUAAAUCACAAUUACAAUUGUAUAAAAAUACAUUACUUAGGGAAACUGGGUAUAUGAGAGAUUUAUAUUUAAUUCAAUUAUUUACAAAUAUUGCAAAUCCAAAUUUAGUCACAUAUCAAAUAUUACAUAGAUGGGGAUUACUUGGCAAUUGGCAUGAGAAAGAAGAAGAAUCUGUAUAUGAUGAUAAAACAUUGAUUUAUAUGCUUGAAGAAUGUCUAAAUUUUUUUAUUCAUAUUUUAACUGAAGAUAUUUAUUUAAAAGGGUUGAAAAAUGAUGUAUCUGCAAGAUUAAAAAUUGAAAAGGAGAUUAUUCAUAAUUUAUGUUUUAGUCCAAUGGGUUAUACAAAGUUGUGCUCACUAAUACCUGAUCAUAUUGUAAAUGACAUGAGAUUUUCAAACAUCCUAAGAGAAAUGACAAAUUAUAAACCUCCUAAAAAUAGUACAGAUUUCGGUAAUUACAGUUUAAAAGAUAAGUAUCUUGAUGAAGUUAAUCCUUAUUAUUUUAAUUAUACUGCAAAUAUCAAAGAUGAAGCGUUAAAAUUUGUUAAAGAACGAGUAUCCAAGAACACAGGUAAAACAAUUAAUGAAAUUAUAAUUGAACCACGACCAAUUAAUGUCGAAGAAUUGGGAAAUUAUAAAUAUAUUGGAAACUUUUCAACUUCUAUUCAUUUUACAAAUUUCCUACUGAAAAUUUUAAUUUAUUCAAAAAAGAAAGAUAUUGGUGAAGUUGAAAAUUUAUUAGAAACUGCAUUUCAUUUAAUCCAUAUAUGUAGUUUAGAACAAUUGAUUGAUAAAAAAUUUGGUACGUUUUUGUUUAACUUUAUUAAUGACGAAGAUCUCACAUCAGUUGCAGAAUUAUUAUAUGAGUAUUUAAUCAAUGAUGAUUACAAAUGUUAUCAUACAAAAAUACGAAGUAUAUUUAAAGUAUUCAAAUCAAAUUAUAAAUUAAAAUCCUUUUCAAGUUUAUUAGGUGAUCAAUUUGAUGAACUGAAAAUUAUCGAGUCUAGUCAUGGUCAUUUUGAAGAUGAAUUAGAUAAAAAGAAAAGAAUAGCAAAACAAAGACAAACUAGGUUAUUAGCAAAAUUAAAAAAACAACAAUCAUCAUUUUUACAACAAAAUAAAUUUGAUACUGAUGAUGAUAUUAAUAUGGAUGAAUUUAAUUCAGAAUUACAUGGUUGGAAAUUUCCUGAACCUCAUUGUAUGUUAUGUCAAAAUGCUGCUGAAGAUGCUGGACCAUUUGGAAUAAUUAUAUAUAUUUCAAAAUCUUCCGAAUUUAGAAAUGUUCCAUUUGAUAAUGAAUAUUGGUUUACGAAAGCAUUUUCAGAUAAUGUUGAUUUAGAUGUAAAUGAUGAAAAUAUAAUAAAUUUACAUAAUGAGGCAAAAUCAAAUAAUUGGAAAACUUAUAUGGAUGAGAUUAAGACUUCAAAUGUGAUUGGUCCUGGAUUUAAUUCAGAUAAUUCAAUUGAAAGUAAAUUAGUAUCACUGAGUUGUGGUCAUGGAAUGCAUUAUAAUUGUUAUGUUAAUUAUUUGAAUAAUAGUAGGAAUAGACUGAAUCAAAUAACAAGAAAUACUCCAGAAAAUGUUGAUCAUAAAGAAUUUUUAUGUCCAUUAUGUAAAGCAUUGAGUAAUAUGUUUAUACCGGUACUUUGGUCAAAUAAUAACAGAAAUUUGAUAAACUUUUUAAAAGCAGAUAAUCAACAACCAUUUGAAAAAUUGAAUUAUAAUAAUAUUAAAGAUAAAAACUGGGUUGAAAAUUUUACUACGUUGGCUGAUCAAGAUAUUGAGAACAUGUCGAUUCUAACUCCAUCAGCAAAAGAAUUAGUCACUUUGAAUGAUACUAAUGAUAAUCAACAAUUUAGAACUUUAUUAAACAAUAAAUUUCAAUUACUAUCUUUAUUGACAUUUCCACAAAUUUAUAAACUUGAUUCAGUGUCUAUUUUGGUCAAUACUAUUAAAUCUAUAGAAAUGUCAUUGAGAGGUGUUUCAUCUGAUGGUAAAUUAAUAUUCAUGCAAUUGUCAAAUAAUGCUUUGAUAAAUUUACGAGUCUUGAAUGAGUUUAGACAUGCUAUUGUUUUAAUGAAGGUUAAAAAUUGGUUAAAAACUACAAAUCCAAGAACUGAUGCACAUGCUAAAAUACUUGCAAACUUAUUAUCCUUAUCUAAAAAUUCAAUAAAUCAAACAAUUUUAGAAGGUGAUUUUUUUGAAAUAUUAGUUAAUAUUGUACCAUUACCUUCAGUUGGAUUUUCUUUUAAAUCAAUUUUGGAAAUUACAUUUAUUGGUCAUUUAAUUCAAAGUUUACAUAUCAUUCUUAAAAAAGUGAGUCAAAAUAUUUUAGAAAAUUAUCAUUGGAAAAUUACAGUGUUGGACAUACCUGCAAUUUCAAAUAUAAAUUCAAAAACUAUAGAAUCUAUUAGAUGUUCAUUUGAUAAAUUUUUGGGUAGUAAUUCAGAAGUUAAUGAUGAAUUUUGUAAAGUUAUAUAUUCAAUGUUGAUAAAAUCAAUUACUCCAUUUUUAAGACGAGCUGCAAUUUAUUCAUUUGCUCAUUGUGCUAAUAUCGAUAACGUUUAUUUUUCACCACAAACAGAAAUUGAAGCAGAUAGAUUAACUUCUUUUUUCAAUUUAAAACCGGUAUCAGAAUAUUUAACAUUAUUUAAUACUGGUAAUUCGUUUGAAUCUGAACUAUUUAACAAUUUUGCAAAUUAUAUCAAAAUUUCAAAAUCUUCAAAUAAUUUAGUAAUCAAAAAGGAAUUAGAGUACCCUGGAUUAAUUAAACUUGUUGAAUUACCAGAUAGAUUAGAUUUCUUCUUCACGAAAUAUUAUUAUUCAGAUAGAUAUAAUAAUCCACAUAUGACAAUUGAAGAUCCUGCAAUUUGUUUAUUUUGUGGUUGUGUAGUUGAUGUUCAAAAACAAUCAAUUGGUAGUCAAUUUGGUCAAUGUACUACACAUUACCUUAAAGAAUGUUCAAAUGAUAUAGGUAUUUUUUUAUUACCUAAAGAUCGUACAUUAUUAUUAUUACAUAAAAACGGUGGAUCAUUUUAUAGUGUUCCUUUUUUAGAUGAUCAUGGUGAAUUACCUGAUGAUUCAAAAAAAGCUGGAGCUUUACAUUUAAUGAAACCAAGAUAUGAUGAAUUUAUGAAAAGUGUUUGGUUACAACAUAAUAUACCAAAUUAUAUAGUAAGAAAUUUAGAAAGUGUUUUGGAUCCUGGUGGUUGGGAAACCUUAUAG